AGAAGAAGUGAAAGAAAUUCAAGUUGUUGAAGAGGUAGAAUUCGUAUAUAAGAAUGAAGAUGCUAUAAUUAGAAAGAAAAUUGAUGUUAUAAUUCAGAAAAACGUAAUGAAUGAAGAAUUAGAAAGUACUGAUAAAGAGGAUAUAAAUGUCAUCACUGAGAA